AUGUUGCAAUGGUUCUUUGCGUGGAAGCAAUCGUCAACCAUCCUCCGUCUCAAAUUGCUGACCUGCUGUUGGAUUUGUUAUGAUGGGUUAAAAAGACGGUCAUGUGCCGCCAUCGGGGGGACUCGAGUUCGGGGUAUUUUCGUCCGAAUCGCUGCUUCAGAGAGCCACUUUGCGCCACUUUGCUUCGAACUCUGCGCAAUCGUAUGGCCGGAUUCAGCCUCGCCAUCCUACUGGCAUUCCCCUGCUGCUUCUAUCCGGUCUACGGUCUGUUCCCGUUUUAUGAAGGCACCUGGGUCUGGAGUAGACUGGGUGCAGCCAUCUAUAAUGCCUUCUACCACAUCCUCUGGGCCAUUGGGCUGUCCAUCUUGUUCUACGCCUGCGCUAUUGGACUGGGAGGUCGGUGACCUUGUCUUCCUCUCUCUCUCUUCCUUUUUAACUCAUCCCGUCUCAGUUGGGUUGCAUCAUCAGCCGCAGCACCAUGCUCAUCCAAAUCGCCAUAAAAGUCCCCUAAUUCCAAUUCUCAGCGUAAUCGUCAUUCUCAUUCUCAUCAUCCCUAUUACCAUUACCGCCACCUCAGCUAUCACCUUCAUCAUCACACUCAUCAUAGUAAUUCUCAUCGUCCUUAUUCUAACUCUCAUAAUCAUCAUUGCUCUCAUCUUCAUCAUUAUCAACCGCGUAUUCCACAUUCAUCAUACUCAUCAUAAACAUCUUAUAUUCGCCACUCUUAUCUUUCAUCUCUUCAUCAUCAUGAUCAACUUUCUCCUCAUCCUCAUAAUUGUCAGCAUGUGCACACUUUUUGUCUUAGUCUUAAUCAUCAUCAUCAUAUUCAGCAGCAGCAUCCGCAUCGGCGCUAUCUUCUGCCAAUAUGAAGCCGACCUUUUCAGGCUUUUGACCUAUCCAGAACAACUUGGCACCAGAGUUUCUGGUAGUCAAGCUGCCCUAGUACGGGUUCACCCCAGCCUGGCGUUUUUUCGACAGUGCCCAGGUCCAGUCAAUCGUCUUCUCUGCUGGUCCGGCUUUCGGGUGCUCUCCAGACUGAGCUACACAAUAUACCUGAUUCAUCCCAUCAUUUUCGAAGUGAUUGCCUACUCCUCGAAACAGCCGAUACUCUUCGAUUAUCCGACUUGGAAUGUUCACCUCGCAUUUCCCUGUAUUACACAAAUGCCGUUGACGAUAAUGACGAUGCAAAUUCAGCAGCAACCUUAUUUGUUCUUUUUUCUUAAUUCCGCUUCAUCUUGCUCAGUUUGGCUUUCUCUUCCAGGUCGUUUCCUUCUUGGGCUGUUUGCUGCUGUCCUGCGCCCUCGGAUUCGUGCUCUCCAUUCUAACAGAAUUGCCGAUCAUUGCACUAGAGAAAAUAGCACUCGGCCCUAA